AUGAAAACCACCGAACCCUUUAGUCACGUUGAGCAUGCACACACCCACAAUCCCUUACUGAACCACCCCGAACCACCACCAGCCGCGGUUAGAAAGCGGCUCUUCAUCGGGGCUCCGUUCAAUAUCACAUUGUUAUUCAUUUUAUCUAUCUUACUCGUCAUUCUGAACCAACAAGUUUUAGCCACGAAUUCAGCAUUUCCGGAAAAAUAUUCCCGGAAACACUCGCAAGUUGAUCGCUUGAAAUGGCAGAGAACAGCUUUCCAUUUUCAACCCGCGAAAAAUUUCAUUUAUGAUCCUAAUGGUCCGUUGUUUCACAUGGGCUGGUAUCAUUUAUUCUAUCAACACAACCCGUAUGCACCGGUUUGGGGGAACAUGUCAUGGGGUCACUCCGUGUCGAAAGACUUGAUCAACUGGUUUGAGCUUCCUGUUGCUCUCGGCCCAUCCGAAUGGUACGAUAUUGAGGGGGUUUUAUCAGGGUCGACCACCGUCCUCCCCAACGGUGAAAUCUUUGCAUUGUACACGGGAAACACUAAUAAUUUUUCCCAGUUUCAAUGCAAAGCGGUACCGGUCAACAUAUCUGACCCACUUCUUGUAGAGUGGGUCAAGUAUGACGGCAACCCAAUCCUUUACACUCCACCAGGGAUUGGGUUAAAAGACUAUCGGGACCCCUCAACUGUUUGGAAGGGUCCCGAUGGAAAACACAGGAUGAUCAUGGGAUCUAAACGAAACAAAACAGGACUUGUAUUUGUUUACCAUACCGAUGAUUUCACGAAUUACAAGUUGUUGGAUGAGCCAUUGCAUUCGGUUCCCAAUACCGAUAUGUGGGAAUGUGUCGACUUUUAUCCGGUGUCAUUAACCAACGAUAGUGCCCUUGAUAUGGCCGCGUAUGGGCCGGGUAUAAAACACGUUAUUAAAGAAAGUUGGGAGGGACAUCGUAAGGAUUGGUAUUCAAUUGGGACCUAUGAUGCAAUAAACGAUAAAUGGACUCCCGAUAACCCGGAAUUAGACGUGGGCAUCGGGUAUCGAUGUGAUUACGGAAGGUUCUUUGCAUCCAAGAGUCUUUACGACCCGUUGAAGAAAAGGCGGGUCACGUGGGGUUAUGUUGCCGAAUCAGAUAAACAUAACCAGGAUCGCACUAGAGGAUGGGCUACUAUUUUCAAUGUCGGAAGAACCGUGGUACUUGAUAGAAAGACCGGGACCCAUCUACUUCAUUGGCCGGUUGAGGAGAUCGAGAGUUUGAGAUACAACGGUCAAGAGUUUAAUGAGAUCGAGCUAGAACCGGGUACAAUCAUUCCACUAGACAUAGGCACAGCUACACAGUUGGAUAUAGUUGCUACAUUUGUGGUGGAUCAAGAUGCAUUAAACGCGACAAGUGAAACUAGUUACGAACAUGGUUGCACCAAGAGCGCAGGUGCAGCCGAAAGGGGACACUUUGGACCAUUUGGAGUAGCGGUUCUGGCUGACGAGAUCCUUUCAGAGUUGACUCCGGUUUAUUUCUACAUUGCUAAAACUGCUGAAGGAGGUGUGCUCACACAUUUUUGUACUGAUAAGCUAAGGUCAUCUCGUGAUUUUGACGAGGAGAGAGUGGUGUACGGGAGCACUGUCCCUGUCGUCGAUGGUGAAGAACUCACAAUGAGGAUAUUGGUGGAUCAUUCAGUAGUCGAGGGGUUUGCACAAGGAGGAAGGACGGUUAUAACAUCAAGGGUGUAUCCCACGAAAGCGAUAUACAAAGACGCGAAGCUCUACUUAUUCAACAACGCCACCCACAUAAGUGUGAAGGCUUCUCUAAAGAUUUGGCAAAUGGCUCCUGCUCAAGUGAAGCCUUACCCCUUCUAA